AUGUCAGCUCCAUACGUCUGCACAGGCUGCCGACGCAGUCUCCUAAAUUUUCAAUUGAAGAACGGCGCAUACCGGAAAUAUGCGACGCGACCUUCCUUCGCACCAAAACCCGUCCUCGACCUAAAACACAUUCGACAAGCUCCAGGUCUCUACGAACAGAACUGCGAAGAUCGAAAUUACAAGGCUUUCUCGAAAAACAGCUGGAAGAUCCUUGAACUGCAUGAAAAGACUGCGCAGUUACAGAAAGAGGCGGUUGGGUUGCGGCAGAGGAGUAAUGCUAUUGGUAAAGAGAGACAGCAGAAGCACGAUGGGGAUGGAGGAGAGGGAUGGAGGGGGGAAGCGAAAGAGAUUAAGAAGAAGUUGCAAGACUUUGAGGCGCGGGAAAAAGAGAUGAAGGAAGAGAUGGAGAAAUUGGCAUUAGAGUUGCCGAAUUUGAGUUCUGUUUACACGCCUGUUGGGGAGGAGCCGACGGUGAGAGAAGAGAUUGGAACCAGAAGACCGGAGAAGAGCUCGGGUAAAAGUCAUGUCGAAAUCGGGAAAGAGCUGGAUAUUCUUGACUUUGAAGCAUCAGCUACGACGAGUGGCUGGGGAUGGUACUUCCUCAAAAAUGAGGGUGCCUUGCUCGAACAAGCACUCAUUCAAUAUGCUCUAUCUGUCGCUAUGAAAAGAGGCUGGAAAGUAUUGACGCCUCCGAGUUUGGUAUACGAGCAUAUCGCACAUGCGUGCGGCUUCAUGCCCAGGGAUCAAAACGGUGAGACUCAGAUUUAUGAGAUCUCCGGAGAGGAAGGUCACGAUAAGCCGAAACUUGUCCUCGCUGGCACGGCGGAGAUACCUUUUGCUGGAUCUCAGGCGAACAAAACGCUCAGUGCCAGUGACUUGCCACUCAAAGUGAUUGGACCUAGCAGAUGUUAUCGCGCGGAAGCUGGGGCUAGGGGAGUCGAUACCAAGGGUUUGUAUCGUGUUCAUGAGUUUACGAAGGUUGAGAUGUUUGCUUGGACUGCGCCUCCUCCUUCGCCUGAUGAGGAUCGGUUUGGUAUGGAAGAGGAACGAGAUCAGAGUGAGCAGGUUUUCGAGGAGAUGCUUGAGAUGCAGAAAGAAAUUUUGUCUUCUCUUGGCCUCCAUGCUAAGGUUCUGGAAAUGCCUACCUCCGACCUCGGAGCUUCUGCAACUAGGAAGGUUGAUAUCGAGGCCUACUUCCCUUCUCGACGAAGUAUCAAUGAUGGGUAUGGCGAGGUUACGAGUGUGAGUAUUUGUACCGACUACCAAAGUCGAAGACUAGCUACGCGAUUCAAAGGUCAAGCAGCGAAAUUGGGGUACCCACACACGGUGAAUGGGACUGCUAUGGCUGUUCCGAGAGUUCUGGCUUGUUUGAUUGAGAAUCAUUAUGAUGAGGUCGAGAGGGCUGUGAAGGUUCCGAAUGUGCUGAGGAGGUUUUUGCCUGGGGGGAUGGAGAUGCUGGCUUCAGGCUUCAAUCUCGCCUCCAUCAAUAUCUGCCUCGAACAAGGUCUUCGCAUGAUUGGAGGCACCCAUGUGCGCGAUGACGGUGCAGUAGUGCAGCUUGGUUUCACAAAGUUGAUUGAGGAAGCUGGGUUGAAGUCAUCACCAGACUACGCGAGUGUCACCGGGCUUGACCAUGAGGAGGAUGAGGAUUAUGAAGAUGAAGAUCGUGCUGACGAAGACUACUAUGCUCCUGGAGGCGAUGACAAUGGGGAGUGCUGCUGCGGGACCGUGCAUCCUUGAUCAGCUAUUGGAUUGCGAUUGGAAACAGACCUUCCCAGGUCGAGAUGAGCUGGUAGAGUAUUUUCAACAUGUCGAUAAGGUCUGGGACCUGAGUAAAGAUGUGAGAUACGAUACGCGUGUGACGAGUAUGAAGUGGGAUGAGGAGAGGAAGGGGUGGAGGGUGAGCAUCAAUGAUGGGGAAGCUGAGCUUACGGCUUGGAAUGUUGUGCUUUGUACUGGGUUUGCGAGUAAAAGGUAUACGCCACCUUUCAAGAAUUUGGAGUUGUAUAAGGGCGAGAUUCAUCAUACGGAAAUGGCGAGAGCAUUGCCAAGAAAUGGGAGCAUGGCACGUAUAGCAAUAUGUCGUUGCUUCCUCAGGCCGACAGUUGGUGGCUUCCGGAGUAUAGGAAGGAAGAUGUUGUGGGAUGAGUGUGCCAAUCAAGGCUACAGGGGGUUUGUGCUUUCGAAGUGAAAGUCGUCAUC